CCGAGUCCUCCGCUUUCCCAGCAGCCAGUGCAGCCCCCCCCCCCGCUCUGGUGACAAAGGACUGGGAGCCCUGUCAGUUGUCGCCUCUGCCGCUGCCGUCGCUCAAAGAGGGGGAGGGACCGAGCCCGAGGAGCCGCUGCUGUCCGAGGACUGCAAAAAUGCUUUGGAGUUUUUAACUGAAUCACAGAGAGAAAUCCAGACUAGAUUGGAGACCGUAAGAAGAAAAGUAGUGGCAAGGGAGAUUCAGUGCCAAUGCAGCAACAAAGAAGGCAACCAGAAUUAGUGGAAGGAAAUCUUCCUGUUUUCGUAUUUCCUACCGAGCUGAUAUUUUAUGCAGAUGACCAGUCAACACACAAGCAGGUGUUGACAUUGUAUAACCCCUAUGAAUUUGCCCUAAAGUUCAAAGUUUUAUGUACUACUCCCAAUAAGUAUGUUGUCGUUGAUGCUGCCGGGGCAGUGAAGCCUCAAUGCUGUGUGGAUAUCGUAAUUCGUCACAGAGAUGUUCGGUCCUGCCACUAUGAUGUAAUAGACAAAUUCCGUCUCCAAGUUUCUGAGCAAAGCCAGAGAAAGGCUUUAGGACGGAAAGAGAUUAUUGCUACCCUUCUUCCAUCUGCCAGAGAACAACGAAAGGAAGUGGAGGAAAAAAGGAUAAAGGAACACUUAACAGAAAGUGUGUUUUUAGAGCAGAUGCUAUGUCAAACAGGAAUUCAUGGGUCCCCAUCAAUUUGUCCAUUUGAGAAAGUUGAAAGGCAACCUUGGAGUCAGGAAGACCUGGGCUCAAGCCCCACUUCUGAUGCCCACUGCAGUGUGGCCGUAGAAAACAGGACUGUCUCAUCAGGACCUAGUUUAUUAACUGUUUUCCUGGGAAUAGUGUGCAUUGCAGCUCUGAUGUUACCCACCUUGGGAGAAGUGGAAUCCCUAGUGCCUCUCUACUUCCAUUUAAGCGUGAAUCAGAAAUUAGUAGCUGCUUAUGUUUUAGGUCUUAUCACAAUGGUUAUACUCAGAAUAUGAACAAGGACGAAAAUUGACUUUGGAAAUAAUUUUACCUUCUUCACAUCAUCAUGACUGUGGAUUGCCUUUGAUUCUCAUUUGGCUCACUAAUAUGUGACAGAAAACCUAUCAGUGAUUGAACAUAAUUACAAAAGUGUAAUAUCUCUAUCUGGAUCUUUAUCUCAACAGAGAUAAAGAUCGAGAUGUAUCUGUAAAAAUUGAUGUAUAACUUGUAUUGGAAGGACGCCGGCACAUUGUGCUCAUCAUGUUACAGAGACCUGGGAUGGUUUUGUUGAGUGACUCCCGUGAAAUGAUUUGAAGAAACUGUCUUUUUAUAUCAAUACCUUGUUGUACAAAAGAUUUUUAUUAAAGCAAUGUUUGUUAUUUGAUUAUCUUUCUCUAAUUCACUUUGAUUGUUAAGGUCCUGUUUGCCCUCAGGGUUAGAGGAUUAGAAAGCUAAACUGAUGGAAAUGAAAACAACAAACACAAUGCUUGGGUUUAUUCUCCCUAUAAGCAUUAAUGUUAGAACCUCUGCCCUCUUAGUGUUUCUAAAAGUGGAAUUUAAGUUAAGACUAUGUGUGAAAUAUAAUACCCAGUCCCAGGGAUUCCCAGGCAUCCUAGGGUCUCCCCAAAUGCCCAAACCAGCUGGUUCACCUAGUGAGUUGGCUAACUAACCAGUUGGACAGCAAACUUGAAAGCCGCUAAGGUUUGCCAUUGGUGUGGCCGUCAGGGAGGUCUCUCUCUUUGGCCUAAUGGGCAUCCUAGAAGGAAGCCAGGUAUUAGGUCAGCCUCUUGACCCACUGGCUUCUCUCCCUCCCUCCCUCCCUCCCCCUCUCUCUCUUUCCGAUGCUUUAUGUUAAUAGGCAGAAUAAUGACUACAGCCUUUUGCUAGCCCUUGUCCCUAAGCAGCAAACUAAGCUGGGCUUAGCAGAUGUUGGAGCUGUUUGUUUGGUUUGGGGAUUGCUUGCUUGCCCCAAACGUAGGUGUGGGAACUGUUCCAUUUCUGUCAGAAACCAGUUGAUGCCAGAUUUUGAGCACGCACAUUUGGUGGGGUUCUUUUGUUCUUGAAAAAGAUGUCUUCCAGGCCUUUUUACAGACCAUGAGCAUGCCUUGCCACGGUAAUAUGUUCACUGAGUAUGUGAGCAUAAGCCUAAACAUAUAGCUGAUGGUGAUUUUUGUAGGAAAUGGAACUUGGCUUCUAAAAAGCUUUUGUGUAUAAUCUUUCAUAGGCCCAUUGGGGGAGGGGGGGGUCCGGUUUCUAGGAUAUAUUGUUCAUGUCCAUAGCACUGGUCAUGUCAUGUCUGAAAAAAAAAGCACAUGAAUGUAAUCACGGUGUUGUGGCUGAAGGGCUUGCCCUGGAGUCAGGGAGAUCCAAAUUCGAAUCUAGCCUCUUCCAUGUCCUAGCUGUGUGACCCUGGGCAAGUCACUUAACCUCUCUGAGCCUCAGUUUCCUCAUCUGUAAAAUGGGGAUAAUAAUCACACCUACCUCACAGGGUUGUUGUGAGGAUCAAAUGCGAUAAUGGAUGUAAAGCAUUUGCAUAGCGUUAUAUAACUGUCAGUUAUUAUUUUCUGCUCUGAACUUUGUAAAGGAUCUGGAAAUGAUUCUGAUUUCUCUGCCCAGCUCAAGUCACCACUCAAAUGUGGAUGAAAGGGCAUAUGGAGGAGAGAAAUAAUUUAAAGACAAAAAUAAAUCAUAUCUGAAUUUUACAUUUAA